CAAUAACAAUCCAACCACAGCAACGAUGAAUAACGACAACACUACAAUACCAACAACACAGUUGUUCGCUGCCUGAACGAGCAGACAGCCGUCGUCGUCGUCUGUCUUGCCUGCCAGCCAGUGUCUGUUGGCUGCCCUCUGCCCUACCCGCACAUGCCGUCGUUCAUUGUAUACUUGCUUGUUGUUUGUAGACCGACCGACCCCCCAACCACAGAGAGUAGCGUUUGCUGCUGCUGCUGUCACCGUUUGCUGCUCUUUGCCAUCAUCAUCAUCAGUCUGUUGUUUGCGUUCAGCCCGAGUUGUUGGCAAUCUUUUUAAACGUGCGCGGCUCUUCUCGCCUUAAAAGUGAAAAGUGGAAAAAAAACAUUUAUUUUAUAUAUCACCGCCAAUCGCAACAAAAAUCCCAAACUCAGGAAAUCAUCUAGUGUGCCCAGUGUAUUUGUUAUUGUUGUCGGAGCAACAACAAAAAGAAAACAUACAUAGUUACAAAACCAAUUGAUUUGGAAAGAAUACCCAAUUCCAUCCCUCUAACGCGCUACUCACUCGCAACAAACGACAAUAACCAUGGCGGAUAACAAACCAGACAAUUACAAUAUUAACGCCAAAAUCUGUCGUCUAGUGGAGCAAUAUCCCUGUAUGUAUGAUCGCUCACAUCCCAGCUAUCUUAAGAAGGAUGUUGUCGAUCAGGCAUGGAUUGCGAUUUCGAAAGAAAUGAAUGAUUCGAUUUCCUCUUGCAAAGAGCGCUGGCGCAAUAUACGAACCUCUUAUGCUCGUUCCAUUAAUGUCAAUAAGAUACCUGCCAGUGCAAAUCGCACUAAACCCUAUUACCUGCAUGAAGAAUUGCAAUUUCUAUCGCGGCACAUUACACCUGGUAUACCAGUGUCUAGGCGUACUGUUUCCAAUUCCUUCUACACAUCGCCUCGAAGUGAAAAAGGCGAACACAUUGAGGUUGCAUUGGGCGAAGAAUCAAUUGACAGCUAUGCAGCGGCUAUGAUGGAUUACGAGGAGAAAUCCCAGGAUCGUGAAGAGCGUAGUAGUAGUGUGGUUAGUGAGGCAACUUCCAAAAAUACACCUGAUAAUGAACCCGAACCUGAUGUGACCAUAGAACCAAUACCACCACCACUACCUCAAGUAGAAGAAAAGGCCACUUCCACUACCGCACCUGUGACAGUUGAAGACUUUACCGUACCGCCCAUGGUACAAAUUGAAGAUGAACCUUUGGAUGUAACGCAUGAGGAGAAAAGAGAUUCUAUCAAUUAUGCCUGUGCCCCACCUAAGAAACGUUUGAGAAUCGCCAAUAGUGCCUAUGCCUAUGACAAUUGCAGUUUUCCAGAUGUCAAGCCCGUGGAAGUUGUACCCCAGCAUGAUUACGACAAUAUUUUCCUGCAAGGCUUAUUACCCGAGAUGAAAGCCAUGGAUUUCCGACAGAAGAUAAUUUUCAAGCGCCGCAUAUAUGAAGUGCUAUCGGAAAUUUUUGACCAUUCUUCAAGUCAAGCCACCUCAACCACCACCUCCACACCCUUAGGAAAUGGUCAGCAGCAAAUGCUUAAUUCUCUCAAUACCUCACCGCUGGCAGUUGUGAACUCUUCAGAUCUGAAUAUGCUACGAAGACUCAAUCAUCUGCUGCAAGAUCCUACUUCAACAACGCCUAUGACACCGCGUUGCGUAAAUAUCUCCUCGGCCGUUCUCUCCAACCCCAAUACAACAUCUUCUAUUACAGUGCCCAUAGCCAAAAUUGGUGCCACAACCCGAUCGUCGGCAAAUAUUACGCGGCUGCGCAUGGUCAAUACCAAUGUGAUGGUCUCACCACAAACCGUCAAAGAGGAACCGGACACAAAUUGAAGGCAUACGAAAUUUGUACAAUUGUGAAAUGGAAAUCUAGUGUUAAAUUAAUUAUUUUAUAUAUUUUAUUGAACUAUUAGCUAUUUAACUAUUUGUUUUUCAUAGUAAGAAUUGUUGUACAUAUGUAUAUUUUAGACAUAGAGAUAGUGAUAAGUAAGUAAGUGUGUGUAUUGUUCUACAAACCAGUACAACCGAAGUCAUUAGGUAUAAAUUUAUUUUUUAAUAAUAAACCACUGCUAUUUAUAUAUAAAAAUCAUUCCAA